UCUUAUUUUUAGUAUUUAUUAUACAUAUUUACACACAUAACCCAAUUCAUUUCUUGAACGAGGUCCUAUUAUAUCACAAUGAGUAGCAACGAUAGAGACAGUGAUAUUAAAGACACUCUUAUCCGAUCUCUCUUGUCAAGAGAGGUUGAAGAAGAAGAAGAAAGAUUUGGGAAGAAACUAUGGAUUGAAACCAAGAAACUAUGGGUGAUAUUGGGUCCCGCUAUCUUCAGCCGCAUCGCAGCAUUCACCAUGAACGUUGUUAGUCAAGCUUUUGCCGGUCACUUAGGUGAACUUCAACUCGCCUCCAUCACCAUCGCCAACACCGUCAUCGUUGGCUUCAACUUUGGCCUCCUUUUGGGGAUGGCAAGCGCGUUGGAGACACUUUGUGGACAAGCGUUUGGUGCAAAACGACAUCACAUGUUAGGAAUAUAUCUACAAAGAUCAUGGAUUGUUCUCUUCGUAUGUUGUUUUCUUCUGUUACCAUGCUAUGUCUUUGCUACUCCGUUUCUCAAACUUAUAGGACAACCAGAUAACGUGGCGGAAUGGAGUGGUACUCUAGCUAUAUGGCUUAUACCUUUGCAUUUCAGUUUUGCAUUUAUGUUUCCUCUUCAUAGGUUUCUACAGUGCCAGCUGAAAUCAGGUGUGAUUGCAUGGGUUUCUCUGUUGGGUUUGGUGGUGAAUGUGUUAACUAGUUGGUUGUUUAUUUACGUUUGGGAUUUUGGACUUUUUGGUGCUGCUAUUGCUUUGAAUGUUUCAUGGUGGGUAUUGGUUUUUGGGAUGUUUGGUUACACAGUUUGUGGUGGUUGUCCUUUGACUUGGAAUGGUUUUUCAAUGGAAGCAUUUUCUGGUCUUUGGGAUUUCUUCAAACUGUCUUUUGCUUCUGGGGUCAUGCUUUGUUUAGAGAAUUGGUAUUAUAGGAUAUUACUGCUUAUGACUGGUAAGAUGGAAAAUGCAACAGUUGCUGUUGAUGCAUUGUCUGUAUGUAUGAGUAUCAAUGGAUGGGAAAUGAUGAUCCCUCUUGCCUUCUUUGCUGCUACCGGGGUGCGGGUGGCGAACGAACUUGGAGCAGGAAAAGGAAAAUCAGCAAAAUUUGCAAUGCAAGUAUCAGUGAUACAAUCAACAGUGAUUGGAUUAAUCUUAUGUGCUCUCAUAAUUAUAUUCCAUAGACAGUUUGCAUACAUUUUCACCUCAAGCCCUUCUGUUCUUCAAGCCGUCAGCGACAUGUCAAUCCUCUUGGCAGUCACCAUUCUUCUCAAUAGCGUUCAACCUGUUCUAUCAGGUGUAGCUGUUGGCUCAGGAUGGCAAGUAUUUGUGGCAUACGUAAAUAUUGGAUGCUACUAUCUAAUUGGACUCCCACUUGGAAUUAUCAUGGGAUGGGUCUUUAACACUGGUGUUAAAGGUAUAUGGGGUGGGAUGAUAUUUGGUGGUACAACAAUUCAAACAUUGAUACUCAUCAUAAUAACAGUACGGUGUGAUUGGAAAAAAGAGGCACAGAAGGUUGGCUCACAUGUAAACAAGUGGUCUGUAACUAAACCUAAUGAUCAAUUGCAGAUCACUGAUUAAUAUUUGGAUUAACCUAAUGUAUUAGUUGUUUUUUUUACAUAAUUGUUGUUUCAGUUAAUUAAGCGGUUGAUGUUAAUCUUCAGCAUGAAUAUAUAAGAUGAAUUCAUUACACCAAAGUAGCUUCUCUCUAAAAUUCCCGCAAUAUUCUUUUUAUUGUUCAUCUUGAGUGUAAUAUUUUUCCACUUCGUACUGUGAUCCAAUUUGCGUGGGUUCUUUUUUAUUCUACAAGGAUAUUCUAAAGAAAGAAAAAAAGUAUGUUGGAAUGUAAGACUCAAAAGUUUCUUUUAAUGUUUAUUGUUAAUGUGGCCGCCAUUCCAGUUACAAUUUGCCCUAAUUUGCCCUAAUUUAAGACUCAAAAUUUGCCCUAAUUUUUAAUGUGGCCGCCAUUCCCAUUGGCGACUUGAUCUUAAAAUGAGUGUACUCGCCACUCUCAUUGACGAUAAUGUGUUAAAUUGGUGAAGAAAUGACUAUUUAGAUAAAUAAUUUGAAAGCUUAGUUAUUUGUGAAUU